ACGAUGCUUGUUUUCAUCUCUUUCGACGUAUCCAGAGUUCUCUCGCAAUAGUAGUACGAUCGACACCAACGUGAAUGCUCUUCUAAGUGCUCUUAAGGAAAAAAAAGAUUAUCUUAUUUUUUACAUUUAAUUGUGAAGAAUUUUCAUCCCUUAUAAAAGCUAGCUGCUUCCUCACAAUUCUUUCAAUUAUUCCAUUAAGAAGUCAUUUUGUAUUUUUGUCAACAAGUAUUACGAAUUGUUAAUCGUAAUUUAGUGUUUUUUUUUCUUCUUUCUUUUCUUAUUUCGUUGGAUUUUUUUUAUCGUAAAUAAAUCUUCGUCGCGAUUGACAAUUAUUAAUAUUUGAUAAUUUUCAAAAAAUUUCCCGCGUAAUAGUAGUUAAUUAAAAAAUUAAAAUCAUUUUUUUGUUGGGGAGAAAAUUGUUUUAAAUUGAUCGUUUGGAUUAAUUUUUCGUUGGUUGUCGACUGUCGAAGACUAAUACGUCGCGAGAUUAAUUAUUUGUGAGAAGAGAAGGAGGACGAAGGAAGGGUGAGAGAAAAGAAAAUAGGAAACAAAAAAGAGGGUGUAAAAAAAGCGAUUAGACACGUUUUGGCAGUGCCGGAUGAGAGAAUCGAUGAAGAGCACUUUAAUCUUGCCGUUGGAGAAUCACGAGAAAAUUUUGGAUAUACGAGGACGAGUUUAAAGUGACUAUCGAAAAGGAUGAGGCCUAAUAAUCCGUUGGAAUGUUUUAUGUUCUUUCUUUUCCUGAUAGUUUCGGGAGGAGAAUCAACUUCCGUCCGAAACAAUCUCUUCCACGAGAAUGAUCUCGUUUCGUCUACAAAAUCCAACAAGUCUCCUCCAUUAUCGAUUAUAUCACCGAUCGAUUAUCCCGAUAAACUUCAUUCUUGUCUUUACGUGCCACCUGAUUUACCACCUUGCCAAUUUAUAAGAAACGCAAAUGCUCAAAGAUUUUAUCGUUCGAUUAACAACGAUAGAAUUAAUUCGGACAACGAAUUGAAUUAUCAAGGUCACUUUACGGUUUAUUCCUUGCAAGGUUGCUUACCAUCCAGAUUACCUUUCAGAAUGAUGUUGUGCAAGUCUAAGGAUCUUUUAGAGAAAGCCACAAAAAUCUGGAAAUUAUAUCCUUUUAAAAUCGAGGACGAGGAAACAGUCGAGUCGACAUUUAUAUUUCCACAAUUCGAUGUAAAUCAAUGGUCGAAAUCUAUGAGAUUACUUCGCGAAGAAAAGGACAAACAAAAUCGAAGAAACGAUCAAGAUGACUUGUUGAAAACUAGUGAAGAAUAUUUAUCAUCUUCAUCAAUGAUCUCAUUUGAAAAUAAUCAUAAUCGAAAUGAUAUAAUAAAAUCAUCAUCGAGUUCUUCGUUUCUCGAAGAUAAUUUAACGAAUUCUUUGACGAAUGAUAGAAAACGAAAAAGGAGAAGACGAAAAAGAAGUGACAAAUUAAAUCGUCGUGAAAUUAGAAGAGGAAGCGAGUUUCCUUAUUCGAAAUCGAUACCAUUCGAUAUUAAAAAAUUCAGUUUAUCAGUUUGUACAAGCCACGAAGACAGGAGACACGAUCCGUAAGCCUUUAGCAGUUAUCACGCAAACUGGUUGACGCCACCUGACCACUUCCACGAGAGUUCAGAUUCCGCUAUUUCACA